AUGAGGUCCUCUGGUAAAGCAUCGUGGGAAAUACCCUACGCGUCGGGAAACGAUGAGGGCUUUUAUGAGUGUGAGGCACAGAGCAGCGCUGGCAUGGGACGAGCUGUCACACAACUCACCGUCAGAGAGCCUCCCCCAGUGCUGAGGCACGCGGUGAACGUGACGGCGCCGGUGGGUGGGGUCGCGGUGAUGCAGUGCCAGGUGGAGGGCUCCAUGCGCCACAACCUCACCUGGCUGCGGUCCGGCCGGGUUCUGGCCCAACGCUCAGGCCGGGUGCGGCAGCGGCCCGACGCCUCUCUGGAGAUCAGCGCCGUGACAACGCAGGACGCCGGACAGUACCAGUGUGUAGCCAUCAACGCCAACGGCGACAGCCGCAUCACCGUCUGGCUGCUGGUGCCAGAGGCCCCGCGGGUGGAGGUGAGCCCCCCGACUCAGAGCUUCACGCUGGGGUCAGAGGUCAUCUUGUCCUGCUCCGCCUCUGGUUCUCCUCCUCCGAAGCUCUUCUGGAGCCACGGGAACAUAUUUAUCACCAGGAGCCACAGGAUUAGCAUAUCUGAGCGUGGAACUCUAACCAUCGCACACGCCAUCACAGAGGAUGCUGGGAACUACACGUGUCUGGCAUCCAAUGAGGCUGGCACCGCCAGCCAGUCCGCCUACCUCACCUUCGCAGAGAAACCCAGGGUGUCUGCGGUGCAGUCCACAGUGCUGGUGGAGACGGGGGGGGACGCCACCCUCCACUGCAGCGCCACUGGGAACCCCCCACCUCUGAUCCAGUGGUACAAAGGUGAUCUGGACCUUGGUGACGUGCCGUUUGCGGAGCAGGAUGUCCAGAGCGGCGAGCUGCGGAUCAAAGGUGUGCAGGAGCUGGACGCGGGUCAGUACACCUGUGUGGCCAGCAGCCCGGCGGGGACCACCUCAGCCUCGGUACAGCUGGAGGUCGGAGUUGCCCCCCAGUUCUUGGAGUCUCCGCUGGACGUGGCAGUGGAUGUGGGGGAGAAUGUGACCCUUGUGUGUGUCGCCCGCGGUGUCCCUGUUCCCACGGUGAGGUGGCGUCGUGGAGAUGGGCGUCUUGUCUCUGCCAAGCCAGGUGCCCAUGGCAACGACCUACAGCUGGCAUCCAGAGCACUUCAGAUCCAGAGUGUUUGGCUGGACGAUGAAGGCCUGUACGUUUGUGAAGCUGAGAACCCGUUUGGAUCCAUCAGAACAGAAGCCAGAGUUACAGUCACUGGUUUGGAACCCCCUCUAUUGGCUCAAGUCGUUCCAGUCAUCACAACCGUGAUUGGUCAGUCCCUGACUAUUCCCUGCAUGCUAUUGGACGGCGUGCCUCUUCCUGAAAGGGUUUGGACACAUAAUGGACAACAGGUGGAGUUCAGUAGUCGAGUGUUCCUCCGCAGUGACGGCAGUCUGCACGUGGAAAGGGCCGUGACAGAGGAUUCUGGGACAUACGUGUGCACGGCCAUAAACGUGGCCGGAUCAUCCAACAUCUCAGUCAGCCUGGAGGUCCAUGUGCCCCCUGAGAUCAACCCAGGGCCUGUGCACUACAUCGCCAACGAGGGCGUGGCUGUCUCCCUCUCCUGCGUGGCCAGAGGAGUCCCUCAGCCCACCCUGCUAUGGGCAAAGGGCAGAGACCCCGUACCCCCGCAGGGCUCGUCGCUACGCUGGGACCCCGACGGAGAGCUCCACUUCCCAAGCCCCACGGUGGAGGAUGCAGGGGUGUACGUCUGCACCGCCACCAGCUCUGUGGGCUACGCCAGCCGAGAGGUGCAGCUCAGCGUCAACACAAAGCCCAAGAUCGCAGGAGUGGAUGAGCAGCAGAAGCCAGUCAAGAUGGCUGCCGAAGUGGGGUCGGAGGUCAUCCUGCCAUGUGAGGUGGAGGGCAGUCCAUCCCCGCUGGUGACCUGGAGCCGAAACGGCCACCCUAUCCCCCCUGUCACCGCCUGGUUCACGGUUCUGCCCUCUGGCUCUUUGAAGAUCACUGAUGUCCGCGUGAUUGACAGCAAACUCUACACCUGCUCUGCGGCCAACCCAGCCGGCAAUGUGUCCCUCACCUACAGUUUACAAGUUCAAGCGAAACCUCGAAUCCAGGCGGCCCCCUCCUCGCUGAAGGCUCUCAUUGGUCAGACGGUGGUUCUGCCAUGUGUGGUUCAGGGGGAACCGAGACCAGACGUCACGUGGUUCCAUGACGGGCGUGCAGUGGGGCACGAGAACACCCUUAAGAUCGCGGCAGUCACACACUCACACAGCGGCACGUACAGCUGCGUGGCCAAGAACAGCGCUGGCGAGGACUCCAUACACACCACCCUGGAAAUAUUGGAGGCGCCCCACUUUGAGGAGACCGGAGAGGUCAUCAUUGAGAGGGUCGCCAAAAGUCCAGUCACCAUCCCCUGCCCUGCCAAAGGUUCUCCUCAGCCUAAGGUACGCUGGUUUAAAAAUGGUCUGGAAGUCCACCACGGCCAAUCAGAGCUUGGCUUCAGCAGAACCCCGGAGGGCUCCCUGCUGAUUGGCUCCUUGACGGCCAGUCACAGUGGAGACUUUAAGUGUGUGGCCACCAAUGAGGCGGGAUCUGUGGAGAGGAAGACUCGCCUGAAAGUCAUCGUCCCCCCAGAGAUCCAGGAUGGCGGGCCCCUGAACCUGACUGUGACCCAGAAGCAGCCUCUCACUCUGGGCUGUGACGCCUUCGGCAUCCCCUCACCCACCAUCACCUGGACCAAAGACGGCAGACCUGUGGUGGAAACUCCGGGAGUGUACCUUCAGAAUGGGAACAGGUUGUUGCGUAUCUAUCGGGUCCAGUCGGAACACGCUGGUCGGUAUUCCUGCAGAGCGCAGAACCCAGCAGGAGAGGCCAACAGGAACUAUCACAUAGAAGUGCAAGCUCCCCCUGUGAUUUCAGGUUCCGGAGGGGUGCAGGAUGCAUCUGUCGUUGUUGACCAGCAGGUGGAGCUGCAGUGCCGUGUGAGUGGGAAGCCCCUGCCCAAAGUGGAAUGGACCCGAGAUGGAGAGGUGCUGUCUCCUAAUGGCGACCCCCAUGUGGAGUUCCGGGAGCACGGGCAGGUGCUGCGGGUGAAGUCGGUGCGUCUGAGGGACCAGGGCCUCUACCAGUGUGUGGCCAGCAACAACGCAGGCGCCCAGACGCGCCAGUUCAGACUCACGGUGCAGGCCGCCCCCUCCAUCCGUGGCUCCGAGGAGACUGAGGAGGUGUCGGUGGUGCUGGGGUUCCCCACGGUGCUGCUCUGUGAGGCGGAGGGGUCCCCCCCGCCCAGCAUCACCUGGCUGAGGGGCAGCCUGCCCAUCGUGUCCAGCGCCCGGCAGACCUACCUGCGGGGGGGGCAGGAGCUGCGUCUGGGGGCCACCAGGGGAGAGGACGCCGGGACGUACACCUGCCGCGCAUCCAACCCCGCCGGCACCACGCACCGCCACUACACGCUCAGCAUUCUGGUUCCUCCACAGAUUGAAGGAGGGGACUCAGUGGCGGUGGCGUUCGGUCGCAGGGAGGAGAAGGUGCGCGUUAACGGAACACUGCUGCUCUCCUGCCUGGCCAAAGCCUUCCCAGAGCCCACCACACAGUGGUUCAAAGAUGGACAGUUGGUGAACGGUGCUUCUCACCCAGGUCUGCGUGCGGACGGCCACCUGCUCCAUCUGGAGAAGGCCACGCUGUUUCACGAGGGCCAGUACACCUGUGUGGUGACCAACACGGCCGGAGAGGACAAGAGAGACUUCCACGUCACCGUACAGGUGCCCCCCAUCUUCCAGCGUGUGAGUAAUGGUGUGGCGGGCUGGACGCUGGGUGAGGGCGAUGAAGAUGAAGAUGACCAGAUGACGGAGAGGAGGGAGGUGGUGCUGGGUCACCCCGUCUCUCUGACCUGUGAGAGCAACGCCAUACCCCCCCCUCAGCUCAGCUGGUACCGGCAGGGGCGCAAACUCACCAGCGCUGACGGCGUGGUACUGCUGCCGGGAGGUCAAACGCUCCAGAUCCCUCGUGUCCAGCUGGAGGAUGCUGGGAAGUACACCUGUCAGGCAGUGAACGAGGCCGGAGAGGACCGCAUGCACUUUGACCUGGAAGUACUGGUUGCCCCGGUGAUCUCCAGCCAAUCGGAUGAGUUUGUGGAGGAGGUGAGUGCGGUGGUGAACAACUCCGUGGUCCUGCGGUGUGACGCCACGGGAAACCCGCCGCCCGCCGUAUCCUGGCUCAAAGACGGGCGACCGCUCUUCGGCGGGCAAGACCACCAGAUCCUGGAGGACGGAGCAGCACUGGAGCUCCUGGAUGUGCAGGUGGCAGACAUGGCGGGAUACCUGUGUUUGGCGGAGAACAAGGUGGGAGCCGUGGAGAAGCUCUUCAGCCUGUCUGUGCAAGUUCCGCCAAAGAUGAUUGGCCAGAAGGAGGAGGAAGUGGGUGUGGUGGAGGGUCACAUGGUCUCGCUGCUGUGUGACGUGCAGGCGUACCCCCCACCUGAGAUCACCUGGACACGAGAUGGGCAGGUCCUCCAGUUCACCACCGGCAUCCACAUACUACCAGGUGGUCAGAUGCUGCAGCUCCCCCGGGCUCGUCAGGAGGAUGCUGGCCAGUAUGUUUGCACGGCAACCAACUCAGCUGGACAGGACCAGAAGAGCAUCCUGCUCAACGUCUACGUUCUGCCGUCCCUGGUGCCCCGCGCUGAGUAUGAGUCAGAGGUCAUGACCCCUCAGCUGGGGUCAACGGUGUCGCUGGGCUGUGAGGCUCGUGGCAUGCCGGAACCUGAGGUCACAUGGUACCGCAACGGACUCCAGCUCACCCCCGGCAACGGCCUCAAGAUAGAGCGCCACCAGCUGGAGAUACAGGGAAUACAGGUGGCUGACGGGGGACUGUACACCUGUAAAGUGUCAAAUGUGGCUGGACAUGUAGACCGCAGCUACAGGGUCUCUGUACACGUGCCCCCGGGGCUGGAGGGUCCUCUUCACGAGUCCGUCACCCAGACUCUGGGUGCCCACGUCACCCUGCUGUGCGAGGCUACCGGGGUGCCCGCCCCCAGCGUCACAUGGCUCAAGGACGGCACUCCCAUUGAGAGUAGUAUGCAGUGGCAGUGGGCCGUGCGGGGCAGCAGGUUGGAGCUGGGUCCUCUUCAGCUCUCUCACGCCGGCACCUACACCUGUGUGGCCAAAAACCCUGAGGGACAAACGCAGAAAGACUACUCACUAACAGUGCAAGUGUCCCCCACCAUCCUGGACUCGGGGCGUCCGUCCGACGUAAGCGCCCCGGUAGGGGAGGAGCUGACCCUGGAGUGUAGGGUCAUGGGCACCCCCACCCCACAGGUCAGCUGGCUCAAGAACGGGGUCACGCUGGACGGCGCGGACGCAGAACACAUGACUAUCUCACCAGAUGGGGGCGCUCUGACUCUGCUGCGUCUGCGUCCAGAGGACUCAGGGACGUACACCUGCCUGGCUGUGAGCCCAGCGGGACAGGAGAGCAAGAUCUACUCCCUCUUCGUCAUGGUGCCUCCCUCCAUCAGUGGGGAGAGCAGUACCCCCCGUGAGGUGCAGGCCACCCAGGACAGCGUGGUGACCCUGGAGUGCCAGACCACGGGGGACCCCCCUCCCCAGAUCAGCUGGCGCAAGAACGGCCGCCCGCUGGCCCUGUCCCCUCGCACCCGACUGCUCAGCCAAAACUCUCUAGUCAGGAUCUCUCCGGUGCAGCUGUCGGAUGCUGGUGUGUAUACGUGUGUGGCACACAGUCGGGCGGGUCAGGCUGAACUCAACUUUGACCUCCAGGUUCAAGUUCCCCCAGGUGUGGACCACGUCGAGCCCACGGAGCAGGUGACGGUGGUGUCUGGCUCCCAGGUGACCCUGACGUGUGAGGCCCGCGGCGUGCCCCCGCCCACGCUCACCUGGCUGAAGGACGGCCAGCCGCUCUCCCUGCAGCGCAACCUGCUGCUGGACGGCCAGGAGACCCGGCUCCUGCUGCCCCGCGUGGGCCUGACCGACGCCGGCCUCUACAGCUGCACCGCCGCCAACCAGGCCGGCAGCAGCACCAAGACAUUCAACCUCACUGUGCUGGAUCCUCCGCGCAUCUCUGGCUCAUCGUCCCCUGAGGAGAUGCUGGUUGCCGUGGACAGCCUGCUGGAGCUGGAGUGUGUCGCCGAGGGCUUCCCCCCUCCCUCUCUGAGCUGGUUAAAGGACGGACAACCCCUGGGGGAGAGCUCUGACCUCAUACAGAGGGGGGGGCAGAUCCUCAGGAUCAAUAAAGUACAGGUGGAGGAUGCAGGUUUAUACACCUGUCUGGCCACCAGUCCAGCUGGGGAGGAUGGGAGAAAUCACUGGGUUCGAGUUCAAGUUCCACCCACCCUGCUUGGCUCUGAUGACAUCCGAGUGGUUGCCGUGCCAAUAAAGGGUCACCUGACACUGGAGUGCCAGUCUGACGGUGACCCGCCCCCCAUGAUUGAGUGGUACAAGGACGACGCCAAACUGCAGUCAGGUGGUCGUAUCCAGAGCAUCGCCGGCGGUCAGAUUCUGGAGAUUGCGGACGUGAGGUCGGAGGACAGUGGCCAGUACAGCUGCAUGGUGACCAACAUCGCCGGGAGCUCCAGCCUCUUCUUCACCGUGGAGAUCUUACUGCCUCCUGUCAUCAGAGAGGGCAGCUCAGUGGUCACAGCGCAUGUCAAUCAGGAUGUUGUCCUACCCUGUGAGGUGGAGGACGGGACUUCCCCAUCGGUAAUCUGGAGGAGGGACAGUGGUCCGCUGGCGCUAGGCAACGGCAGGUUGACACUGCUGUCAGAGGGCUCGUUGCGUAUUGCAUCUGUGCAGCAGACUGAUGCAGGCAGGUAUUACUGCACCGUCUCAAAUGCUGCAGGCUCUGACCACCGGGGCAUGGACCUCAGAGUGUUUGUCGGCCCCUCCAUCAGUCCUGGCCCUCUGAAUGUGACGGUGACGUCGGGGCUCAGGGCGGUGCUCAGCUGUGAGGUCACAGGGACACCUGCUCCCAAAGUCACCUGGAGGAGGAACGGAACGCCUCUAAACCUUGACCUCAGCUCAGAGAAUUACAGACUGCUGUCCUCCGGGUCUCUGGUCCUGAUGGUGCCAUCCGAGGAGGACGAGGGCUACUUCGAGUGUGUGACCGAGAACGAGGCUGGAGAGGAACGACGGGUCAUAGAGGUCAUCCUCCAAGUUCCCCCGACCAUCGAGGAUGAUGUCACCGCUGUCACGGCCAUUAAAAUGUCUCCCGUGGUCCUGCCCUGCCAAGCCGCGGGCCGCCCAGAACCCAUCGUCAGCUGGACCAAGAAUGGAGCCCAGCUGGGCGUCCGAGGGGGCAGUUACCGGGUCCUGCCCACAGGAGCACUGGAGAUCACAGCCAGUCUCCCGAGCCACGCUGGGAGGUACACCUGUGCAGCCCGUAACCUUGCAGGCGUGGCCUACAAACACAUCACUCUCAGCGUGCAAGAGCCUCCUGAGAUCAAGCCCAUGGCCGAGGAGGUGCAGGUGGUGCUGCACCAGGGGGUCGUCCUGCCCUGCGACUCGCAGGGGUUCCCCCGACCCUCCCUCACCUGGCAGAGAGAGGGCGUUCCCCUGGCAACCGGUCACCGCAUGGCUGUUCUGUCCAAUGGAGCUCUGAAGUUCUCUCGGGUUACACUGGGAGAUGCCGGAACCUACCAGUGCCUGGCCCAGAACGCAGCUGGCACCGCUGUGGGUAGAACACGUCUGGUGCUGCAAGUGCCCCCGGUGCUGAGUGUGCCCCGGGUGGAGUACACCGCUGUGCUGGGGCAGCCGGCCAGCCUGGACUGUGGGGCGGAUGGGCAGCCCCCCCCGGAGGUGAGCUGGCACAGGGACCGGCGCCCCCUGGUGGACGGGUCGCACCUGCGCGUCUUCGCCAACGGAACCCUGCGCAUCGCGGCAGUCCAGCGCAGCGACACGGGGAUCUACACUUGCUCCGCCCACAACACCGCCGGCAGGGCCAGCCAUGACAUCAGACUCAUUAUCCAGAUCCCGCCCAUGAUUCCUGUUGGCCAGUCGGAGCUGUCAGUCAUGCAGGGUUUCCAGGCGCUGUUGCCGUGCGCAGCACAGGGUCAGCCGGAGCCACAGGUCACCUGGGAGAAGGGCGGAGUCAGGGUGCCCAACCGCCCGGGAAAAUUCACCACACUGCGCUCUGGAGAACUCAUCAUCGAGAGGGCUGAGUCUGUCGACGCAGGUGUGUUUACCUGUGUCGCCACCAACGCCGCUGGCUCCGCGCGGCAGGACAUCCAGCUGUCUGUCAACAUGCGCCCCGCCUUCAAGGAGAUGCCUGGAGACAAGACUCUGAACAGCGGGCAGAGCCUCACCCUGUCCUGCCAGGCCCAGGGCACCCCCACGCCCAGCAUCACCUGGACCGCCAAUAACAGCCCGCUUACAGGGGUGACUGAGGAUGACUCGGGCCGCAGCUCGCUGGUCAUAGGGAACGUGACGAUGGCCGAUGCGGGCACCUACCUCUGCGUGGCAGAGAAUAGCGUGGGCAGCAUACGGGCGCUGUCCUUCGUACGCGUCAGAGAGCCCCCAUCCCUGAGGGGGGAGGCCCACACCUCCCAGACGGUACCGCAGGGCGGGGUGGCGCUCCUCGACUGCGCUGUGCAUGGUGACCCGAUACCGGUGCUGCGCUGGUUCCGAGACGGACGACCACUCCUGGGCUCCUUCCGACUGCAGCCCCUCCGCAACGGCUCAUUGGCCAUCUACAGUGUCACGAGUGGAGACUCCGGGGAGUAUCGAUGUGCAGCAGAGAGUGAGGCUGGCGUGGCAGAGAGGACCAUCUCUCUCAAAGUUCAAGUACCUGGAGGAUACUCCAGCUGGCAGGCCUGGGGCCCAUGCAGUGUCACCUGUGGGCGGGGUAUCCAGGAGCGAAUCAGAUUGUGCAACCAUCCCGCACCAGCCAAUGGCGGGCUGCCGUGUGAGGGCCCGAGUGCGGAUUCCAGAGGAUGCCAGGCCUCUCUGUGCCCAGGGGAGUCUCCCCGGCGGGCGCGGGGCAGUUUGAUUGGCAUGGUGAACGAGCGGGAGUUUGGGGUGGCAUUCCUGGAGGCCAAUAUCACAGAUAACCCAGAGGAGGGCACCAGCACACUGGAGGCCCAUGUGGACAACAUCCCGCCCAGUGUGGGUCCUCUCCUGCGUGUGUUGGUGUCUGUGUUUUCUCCCAUCUACUGGACGACGGCGCACCAGACGGAGGAGACUCUGAAUGGCUACACCCAGACACAGGGCCACUUCAGGCAGGAGUCCCAGCUGGAGUUUGAGACCGGGGAAAUCCUGAAGCUAACACACGUUGCUCGAGGUCUGGACUCUGAGGGGGUGCUCCUGGUGGACAUAGUCAUUAAUGGCUACCUCCCCCCUACACUGGCAACAUCACACCUCACCCUUCAGGAGUAUGAUGAGUCCUACGUGCAGACCGGCCAGGGGCAGAUGUACGCCUGGUCCUCCCAGAGCCACCAGCGCGAGGACGGGACGCCCCUGACGCUGCGCUGCAACCACACUCUCGCGUUCGAAGGGCCCCAGGAGAGACAGGGGCCCCUGCUGCAGCUGCUGAAGCUCACGGGGGUCAGCAGCGUCUACAGCAUGUUCACGCUCAGCCUGGACUUCCAGAUGACCGCUACCCUGCUGCUGCCAGAUGGUGAUGGAGAGUCCUGCCCCAAUGGGUUUGUGCAGGAUACAGCUUCAUAUUGUACUGAUGAGGAUGAGUGUGAGGUGGGCUCUCCCUGCUCUCACUCCUGCAAUAACAUCAUGGGUGGAUUCUCCUGCACCUGCCCCACUGGCUUCUCCAUCUCCCCCAAAUCACACACCUGUCAAGACAUUGACGAGUGUGCCCAGGGCUCCAACAUGUGCCACUACAACCAGCUGUGUGUGAACACGGUGGGCAUGUACCGCUGCCAGGCCAAGUGUGGGCCCGGCUUCAAACCCAGCCUCAGUGGAAAUGGCUGCGAGGAUGUGGACGAGUGUAAGGAAUCUUCUGUGUCGCCAUGUCAACACCAGUGUCUCAACUCACUUGGCUCGUACCGCUGCUCCUGUCACCCUGGAUACCAGAUGUCUGGUCAUCGCUGUCUGGACAUCAACGAGUGCAUGAGAAACGUGUGUCCAGCCAAUCAGCAAUGUCGGAACACAGACGGCGGGUACCAGUGUUUUGACAGCUGCCCUAGUGGCAUGACGACAGCGGAGGAUGGCUCCUGUGUGGACAUCGAUGAGUGUCAGGACGGCAGUCACAUGUGUCGGUACAGUCAGGUCUGCCAGAACACGGUGGGAGGUUACGGGUGUGUGUGUCCCAGAGGCUACAGCUCACAGGGUGUGGGCCGGCCCUGUCUAGACAUUGAUGAAUGCCUGCAGAACCCCAGCCCCUGCGCCCAGCAAUGCCGGAAUGUUCCGGGCAGCUUCCGGUGCCUGUGCCCGCCUGGCACGGUCCUUCUGGGCGAUGGGCGCUCGUGUGCGGGGCUGGAGCGCCGGCACACCCUGCGUAACGGCACGCGUGUGCGGGUACCCCUGCGGCCCCAGCUGGUGUCCACGCUGGGCAGACCCUACCUGCCCCGGGUGGCGGUGGUGUCAGAGCACCAGCCCAGCUCCAGGAGCCCGCGCCACGGCUGCCCUCCCGGCUACACCAGUGAGGACGGCACAUGCGUGGACAUUGAUGAGUGUGCUCAGAGGAAGCCGUGCCAACAUGAGUGCAGGAACACCCUGGGUAGCUACCGCUGCCUGUGUCCGCCCGGAUACCAGCUUAUGCCCAACGGACGGACCUGCAAAGACAUUGAUGAGUGUGCUGUCCAGGGCAUUCAGUGUGGACUCAAUCAGAUGUGCUUCAACACACGCGGUGGCUACCAGUGCCUGGAUACGCCCUGUCCUGCCUCUUAUCGGCGUGGAGGAACACCAGGAACAUGUUACCGGCCGUGCUCGCGACUGGACUGUGCUCCCGGAGGUUCUCCUCUGUUGCUGCAGUACAAGCUGCUGACCCUCCCCCUGGGCAUCCCGGCCAAUCACAACGUGGUGCGUCUGUCGGCGUUCUCGGAGGCGGGGGUGCUGCAGGAGCGCACGUCCUUCAGGCUGCUGGAGCAGAGCGACGAGGCCGGCGGCCGCCGCCCCUUCGGGAUCCGCGACGAGGCGGGCAGGGGCAUCAUCUUCACCCUGCGCCCGCUGGAGAGGGCAGACAUGGUCAGGCUCCGGGUGCAGGCCACCACCCUCUCUGAGCAGGGCCGCGUCACCUACCAGAGCAUCUUCAUCAUCUACAUCUCCAUCUCUACUUACCCCUACUGAACACACACACACACACACACACACACACACACACAGAUUCUUACACACUCACAAAAACAAGACACAAUUACUGAGCACACACACACACACACACACACACACACACACACAGAGUACCUUACUAAACGGACACACAUAAAAACAAAUAUUAGGUUACAUGUUUUAGAUUUGCUUCUGUCCCCCCCCCCCACUGAUAUACUGCCCCCUUCAGGACUGGUGUAAAGCCACACCUCUGUUGCUCACGCUGCUGCUUGCUCCCCCCAGUCUAACAGAGUGAGCACAGGGAUCUCUCUGCUUGCUCCCCCCAGUCUAACACAGUGAGCACAGGGAUCUCUGUGCUUGCUCCCCCCAGUCUAACAGAGUGAGCACAGGGAUCUCUUCCAGUCGAAGGAGAGGAGCAUGUUUUUAACAGAGUGUGUAGAGCGGAGAAAAGCCACCCUCCCUGACCAAUGAAAGCCUUACCAAAGACGAAAUGAUCACAAGCAGAACAUAAACACAGAAAGGAUGUGUAACAUCCACCCUGAUCACAUGACACGGCUGUGACACUUCUCACACCGCAACCUUUGGUUGAAGGGAAGUCAGUGAACUCCCUCAGACUCACAGGGGCUCUAUAGAAGUCCACUGACCCUUUAACGUUUUUGUAGAUAGCAGCCCACUGUGCGUGUUAGGGAUCCUGCUCUACACUUCACCAGCUCUCUGACAACACUGAACUGGUGCGUCAUACUCCACAGAUGAUUGGCACAGUCAGAGAGUCACAGAGGUUUACUGCUGUCAGGAAAUAAUCAGUACAUGCACUUCUAUCAGGAAAUAUUGAACAGGUCCACAUUCAGAGUUAACCGCUAUCUGACAUUACUGCAAAAACAGGAAUAAAGAUUACCAUUGAAUUCUACCAGAAAUAAAAUGGAGUUUAGUUUUUUAUUAUUGUUUUUAAUUGUAAUUAUUAUAAGUAUAACUAUUGAUUAUUUUUUUGUAUUGGUAUCACUUUUGCGUUGUUGAAUGUGUUUUCUUGUUGUGUGAUGAGUAAAUAUGUGCCAUAUUGGACUAGUCUGCUUCAGCUAUAGCGCCCCCUAGCUGCCGGAGCUGCUGCACUACCUCUGGGAAACUGAAUUGACCACUUUGUAAACAUGAGGCUGAAGUACAUUAAAUUGGAUUACAAACUAA